AUGGAGGAUAGAAAACCAACUUCAAUAUUCACUGACCAGGACCAAGCAAUGGCAAAUGCUAUACUAGAGGUGAUUCCUAAUACAAGACAUAGACUUUGUAUAUGGAAUUUGGAGCAAAAUGCCAUAACCAGAUUUGGAGCUCUUAAAAAAGACAAAGAUUUCAAAUUUGCAUUCAACCAGUGCUUAAAGAUGAGGAUCUUAUCGUCACAAAGGAGUGAAAGCACUAAUCAUGCCAUAGGAUUCAGAGCAAGUAAAGCAACUACUUUGACAGAAUUUUAUACCAUAUUUAAGAAGACAACUAAUCGUUGGAGAAGCACAGAGAAAUAUGAUGAGUUUACCUGUAGCAAGUCAAUAGAAUUCACUUCAUUGCCUCUAUCUGGAAUGCUAAAGCAUGCCGCACAGGUUUUCACUUUAUCACUCUUUAGAAAUUUUGAAGAGGAGUUUGGAUACUCUAUGGCAACAACUGUUCAGAUGUUAGGCAGUAAUGAAGAAUGCCUACUUUAUCAAGUAACACUAGAAGACAAGCCAUGGUCUGCACAUAAAGUAAACUAUAUACAAGAGAGCCAAACUGUAUGGUUUACUUGCAAAAACUUCGAAGCAUCUGGAUGGUUAUGUUAUCAUUGCAUCAGAAUUCUACAUUUGCAUUCAGUAACAAGAAUACCAGACAAGUAUGUUUCAAAAAGAUGGACUAAGUUUGCAAAAACAGAGGCAUGGGAUAGGUUGAAGAAUCAGGAUCCUAAACAGCAAUAUAUUCCAUGGAGGCAAACAAUGAUGAGGAAAUACUACAAUCUAAUCUUAAAAAGUCAAGAAAAUGAAGAGACAAGAGCAUUUAUGGAAGAAAGCUUCAGAAACAGUCUUAAAAUGGUGGAAGACUUACUUGCUAGUGCUGCUCAGAAAGAAAGUGCAGAAGCUGCUUCUAACAUUCCUGAUGUGGCAGACAACACUCAAAGCAAUACUGACGCUUCUUCAGCAUCGAGUACAAGCACAUGUGUACCAAUAAUUCUUGAUCCUAAAAUGGCUGUAACAAAAGGAAGAAGCAAGAGAGCAAAAGGAGGACUUGAAAAAAGCAAGAGAAAAAGAAAACUAGCACUGCCACCUCCAAAUUCAGAAUUUGGAUCAAAGACACCUAACUUACGACUCUUUUAA